AUGGCAGAUUCCGGCGAACAAAACAAGACCACCACUGUAGGGAUGGCUGGAAGGGCUGGGUAUGGCCCAUGGAUGCAAGUUGCGAAGCGGGGAAGGCCAUGUGUCAUGAGGGACCAGGUGGUUUCAACUAACCAGCAAAUGAUGGGACAAAUGGAGCAAUGGGUGGGUCACGAUUCGGUCCUUUGCAGGAGAUGGAACCAGAAUGUUAGAGAGAGAAGGCAGCUGACAAGGACCAAUCAGAGGGGGGGACCCAUGAGAGUCACGGGGAAGAAUGGUAGAGUUGAGGUUAGUCCCAGAAUCUCAAAAAUACGGUCAAAGACAGCUCAAGAGAGUAAGGGUUUGGGAACACAAAAUAAGGCCAAGGAUGGAAUGGCAAACCUGGCAAAUGAUAGAAAGAGGCCUGCAGGCUCCAUGUUGGAUCAACCCAGUAGUUCAAGCCCAAGGCCCCCAACAGGGGUGGAAGGGAUGAGCCAUUAUAGUGUACUUCAAGCCCACUCUACUUUAGAUCUAAGCAAGCACAAAGUGGUUAUAGUCCUCAUGAGUUCAAAACCCAAUCCAACACGACCACCAGAUGAAAGAAAAAUGGAGUCGGGUCAGAGUAGUGGAAUUGGGGACAUGCCCAUGGAAAAUGUUCCACUAGAUCUGAUGGAGGAGGAGGAGAGGCAGACGGGAGGCGAAAGUGGGGAAGAAACACUGACGCUGCCGGAGGAUGGCUGGAGAAUAGAAGAAGAUGACAACAAUGGGGCCCUGGCCUAG